ACACUCAUUGGGCCGGUCGAGCUUUGGGCUCUAACUUCUCUCUCUCUUCACUAGACUAUUUCUCUGCUGCCCUUUAGACUGAUGGAGUCUAAAAAGAGGGUCGUCUCCAACUACCGUUCCUCUAUCAUAGGCCCGCCUGUUUUCCAAUACACGAGUAUAUAUGCUAAGAUUAGCGAAGCAAAGAAUCUGGCUUCUGGUUUGAGAGAUGUUUACUGUUAUAUCAAAGUAGACAACGAAGCUAUCGCCAGGACUGCUUCAGUUUUUAAUUCUUCGGAGCCAUUUUGGGGCGAGGAGUACAGACUCCAUGUACCACUGGAGUACCAAUAUGUAUCAGUCUAUCUGUACGAUCACGACACAUUGGGGGUAAAGGUACCCAUUGGGAAGGUAAGGCUGGACAGAGACUCCAUCAUGGGGUCCCCUAGAGGACUGGACAGCUGGUUUCCUCUUAAGCCGAUCAGUAAAGACGAUGAGAUUCAAGGAGAGCUCCUGGCGGAGAUAAUGAUAGACGAAUACAGUGACGAGAUGUUUAGAGGAGUAAUUACACUGGUUGAAGCUAGGGAUCUUGCCGUCAGAGAUAUAAACAGUAAAGUGGAUCCUUAUGCCGUCAUCAAUUACAAGGGAAAAGAGUUGAACACGCCCACUUUAAAAAAGACCCGUUUCCCUCGUUGGAACAAGACCUACGAGCUACCCAUCAAUCGUCCACUGGAGGAAUUCGAUAAUAGAACAGUUAGAAUUACUAUUUAUGAUUCAGCGAAGUUCCACCAUGAUGCUUUUCUAGGAGAAGUUAUUAUUGAUCUUGCUGAGCUUUUUCUCGGCCAGCGUUACAAGACCUGGUACAGACUCCAGCAACAAGACAAAGAGACCUCAGCUGCAAUGCCUUCAGGUGGCGCUAAAAAGGACGGAAAGAAAGAGAAAGAUCUGGGAUCUCUAAGACUAAAAGUCCAGUGCCAUGAGGAACGGAUUCUUGACUCACAGCUUUAUAGUCCAUUUGUACAGUUGAUGAUCAGUGCUGUAGAGUCACCAGGGCCUGAAGGCAGCCCUCUCCUGAUAAUGCUGGAAGAAGUCAUGACAAUGGACAGGAACUCCUUAGCUCAGACCUUGGUCCGGUUUUACAUAGCCCACAAUGCCAUCCUCCCUCUCUUUGACUGUCUCAUCAGUAGAGAAGUAGAGAAUGUCUCUCUGAGUAAUGUCACCACUCUAUUCCGUGGGAACUCUCUCGCUUCUAAAUGUCUCGACCAGUUCAUGAAAGUCGUUGCAUUACCAUAUCUUCACGAGACCCUUAAACCAGUUAUUGAUACGAUAUUCAAUGAUAAGAAACUAGUCGAAUUAGACCCUGACCAACUCAAAACAAGAUCAAGUUCCACGUCAAAGUUAAUUGACACUUCAGUGGCCCAGCUGACUGGAUACAUUCAAAUUGCUACCGAGUCAAUAUUUGAAUCAGUCGAACGUUGCCCUCAAGUCCUGAGGCAAAGUAUGAGACUGUUGUGGGACCGAGUCAUAGUGAAGUUCCCUGAUGGGGACACUCCCUAUAGUUCAGUGACUGGCUUUAUUUUCUUAAGAUUCUUUGUUCCGGCCAUUUUGUCUCCUAAACUGUUCGCUCUAAGAGAGGAGCAUGCAGAUCAGAGAGCAGAAAGAACUCUUAAGCUAACGGCAAAAUUAAUCCAGACGAUGGGUAACCUACAGACUGCGGUUGAUGCUAAGGAGCAGUUUAUGUCUCCAAUGGCAACGCUUUUAAAAGAGGGCGUGGACAAAGUUAAAACGUACAUCAAUCAGCUGAUCGAUGUUCAGAUUGUCAUGAACACACCAUCAGCAACUCCAGUAGAAGUCCUCUCUGAUGGUUUAGGUUAUUUGCAACAUGUUGUGUUAAAUUCCGGCGUGUUGUGGAAGAGGGUCACCAGUGGUACUUCAGGGGCUGUCGGCAGUUUGCUGUAUAGGAAGAGAUUCUUUGAAUUGACUAAUAUUGCCUUUACUUACUUUCCUACUGAGAAGAAGACUGGGGAAGCCAAGAGCUAUCCCGUCCAGUGGAUAAGAGUGGUUGAGAAAUUGGAUGAAGCCGCUUUCUCACGGAAGCACAUGUUCCAAAUAGUAAUUGUUCCUGUGGGACCAUCGACAGCCUUUUCACCUAGUGAGACAGUACUCUACCUUCAAGCAGCUGAUGUUAACGAACAGAAUCGUUGGGUAUCCGCCAUAAGGAAGGCUUGCCUUUGUAAUCGUGAGAUGAGUCCUGUCCACCACACUGGAGUCUAUCUACCCAGGAAGAAGGAAUGGAGUUGCUGUAGGGCCACGGCUCCAGCUGAGCCUGGUUGCUGUCCUUGCCAUCGUGGGAUUACAAUAGGCGACUGGAGGGACCCUCUUGAUCCUUAUCUUGAUGCACAAGUACUCUACUCUCAGUACCAGCAAGGACGCGAGACUCUCACUAAGAAUUACUCGGCUCCAGCGGAAAGUGAGAACCCUGAAAAUCCUGACGUUCCUCCACCUCGACCGGCAAAACCAGGCUCUGAUGAAGCAAGAAUGCAGGCAGCAUACGGACGCCUUGCGGAAGUACUUGAUGAAUUAUCGUACCAUCACUCUCAAGUGCCUAAUGUAUAACUGAUGUACUGUAUGUUCUCCUGCUCUCUCUCUCUCACUUUUCAAGUUUGUCAGUUUGUGUAUCGAACAUUUAUACUAGGAGAAUAGUAGACUAUUAUUAUUAUUAUUAUUAUUAUUACUAUUGAUG